AGCAAGCGAGUCCCACAGGCAGCUGUGUGCGCGCGAUUCGUCUCUGACAAGAGCGCAGGAACAGAGGACAACAGCUGAAAAACAAACAAACAAACAAAACAAACAACAACACACCGAAUCGGAGCGCUUUGACCGCGGAUUAACACCGGAACAGAACCGGAUUAUUUGGGGGAUUGUUGUUUUCCUGUUGUUGGAGCAUGUAAACGGACAGACUCCGGUGGAAGAUGACAAACAGCCGCGCGGAGAGCGAACACACGCGCACUGAACCGGAUUGUGCUCGCGCGGAGCGGCGCUCGCGGAGUGCACCGAGGCCCCAGCUGUGCCCGCUGCUGCCAGAUGUGCCGUUAGCUUAGCAUAAACACACAGAGUCCGCGAGACUGUACCGGAUAUAGCGGGUUCUAUUUCACCGAGUCUUCAUGUGAUUGUGAUUUUAUACUCUUCACGCGCUCUCGCACAGAUUCUGACUGGAAACGCAACUUGAACACGAUUAGCAUAACCGCUAGGCAGUUACUGUGGCUAAUCACAGCUAGCCAAUUAGCAUAACCGCAGGCAUCUGAUGUGUAAGCUAAGCUGCUAAUCACAGUUAGCUUAGCCGGACAAUUCCUCAGAAUCCGAUUAGCUCGGCUAAUUAGACGAUUAGCAUAAUCGUGGGCAGCGAGUGGGAGCUAAUUACAGUUAGCCAAUUAAAGCUAUUAGCUAAAAGUCAGUCAGAAGUGUAGCUGAGGGAAAUAAAAAAAAAAAACCUCUAAAGGUUUUAAUUAAAUAAAAUAGUUUAGGUCAUAUCCAGGUCCUGUCGCUAGUUAGUUAGUUAGUGAGUGAGUGAGGUAGUUAGUUAGUUAGUUAGCCGGUGGCUAGCUCCGCUUGAGCGGUGUGAGGGAGUGAGUGUGUGAGCGGACUGCUCUGAGCGCGCAGGCCGAUGAGGAGAGCCCAAACCCGGGCACGGGCCACGGCGUCGCUCCGCAGGCAUGCAGCAGCCCGGAUACGACUUCUCCAGCGAGGAGAACAGCUCCAAGUGGAGAGGCCUGUUCGUGCAGGCGCUCAGGAAGGUGCAGUUACAGGUGCAUCCGAACCUGUCGGCUAAUGAAGAUGCUCUGCAGCACAUCGAGGAGCUCAUACUCCAGCUGCUCAACAUGCUGUGUGUCAGUCAGCCCAGAACCGUCCCCGACGUGGAGGAGCGCAUCCAGAAGACGUUCCCGUACCCCAUAGAUAAGUGGGCCAUGGCCGAUGCUCAGUCAGCUAUAGAGAAGCGCAAGCGCAGGAACCCUCUUCUACUUCCUGUGGACAAGAUCCACCCUUUACUGAAGGAGGUGUUGGGUUAUAAGAUCGACUACCACGUGUCUCUCUACAUCGUGGCCGUGUUGGAGUACAUCUCAGCCGACAUCCUCAAACUGGCCGGGAAUUACGUGGGAAACAUCCGGCACUUUGAGAUCAGCCAGCAGGAUAUAAAAGUCUCCAUGUGUGCAGAUAAGGUGCUGAUGGACAUGUUUGAUCAGGAGGAGGUGGGUUUGGUGUCUCAGUGUGCGGAGGGAGACUCGACCACAGGUGAGCUCACCUACGAUGACCUGGUGCGGUUGGAGAUGGCGGAGGAACGGCAGUACCUGCGCGAGCUGGACCUCAUCAUUAAAGUGUUCCGCAGAGCGUUCCUGUCCAGCAGCAAACUCUUCACCCCACAGGACGUGGAGCUGGUGUUCAGUAAUAUUCUGGAGGUUCAUGAGCUGACGGUGAAGUUGUUGGGUCUGAUUGAAGACGCGGUGGAGAUGACAGAAGACGGGAGUCCUCACCCUCUGGUGGGCAGCUGCUUCGAAGACCUUGCUGAGGAACAAGCCUUUGACCCCUACGAGACUCUUUCCCAGGACAUUCUUUCCAAAGAGUUCCACGAUCACUUCAGUAACCUCAUGUCCCGCCCCACUGUGGCUCUGCACUUCCAGUCGAUUGCUGAGGGUUUUAAGGAGGCCGUGCAGUAUGUUCUUCCCCAGCUGAUGAUGAUUCCUGUUUAUCACUGCAUGCACUACUUUGAACUGCUGCAGCAACUGCAGGAGCGGAGUAAAGACCAUGAUGACCGUGAGCAUCUGAAACAGGCUCAGACGGCUCUGCUGAACCUGCAGAGCAGCAUCGAGCGCAUCUACAGCAAACACCAGCCCCGCCGCAAACAGGGCGAGCCUCUGUAUCGUCUGUACAGCCGGCCGGUUCGCAGUAAACACCUGGCCAUAAAGCGGAUGAAUGAGAUCCAGAGGAGCAUUGACGGCUGGGAAGGCAGAGACAUCGGUCAGUGCUGCAGCCAGUUCAUCCUGGAGGGGCCGCUAGUACGCGCUGGCGCCAAGCACGAACGCCACAACUUCCUGUUUGAUGGCCUUAUGAUCAGCUGCAAGGCCAGUCAGAGCUCUCGACUCCCGGGGGCAGAGUUCCGUCUGAAGGAGAAGUUUGUGCUGCGUAAGUACCGUGUGGUGGACCGCGAGGACUCGCCGGAGCUGCGCUUCACCUUCGAGCUGGUGGGGCGUGAGGAGGGCGGGGUCGUGUUCUGCGCGCGCUCGGUCGAGGAGAAGAACGCCUGGAUGGCGGCGCUCAUGAUGCUGCAGUGUCGCUGUACUCUGGAGCGCAUGCUGGACGCCGAGCUGCAAAAGGAGGAGCAGGAGCAGCCGCUGCGUCUGCCGUCUCCCGACGUGUACCGCUUCACCGUGCGCGACUCGGAGGAGAACAUCGUGUUCGAGGAGCGCAUGCAGAGCAAAACCGGCAUCCCCAUCAUCAAAGCAGGAACUGUGGACAAGCUGAUCGAGAGACUCACCUACCACAUGUACGCAGAUCCGAAUUUUGUGCGCACUUUCUUGACUACGUAUCGUUCCUUCUGCAAACCACAGGACCUCCUCACACUGCUUAUCGAACGGUUUGAGAUUCCUGAGCCUGAGCAGUCGGAGGCGGAGCUUGAGUCAAUGUGGAAUGGGGAUCAGCCAAUGGCGGCCGAGCUGCAGAGAUUCCGCAGAGAAUACGUGCAACCUGUCCAGCUCAGGGUUCUAAAUGUGUUCCGUCAGUGGGUGGAGCAUCAUUUCUACGACUUUGAGAAUGAUCCCGAACUACGCACCAGACUGGAGGACUACAUCACCAACCCAAUGCAGCUCAGAGGAAAGUCCAUGCGUAAGUGGGUGGAGUCAAUCAAUAAGAUCAUUAAGCGUAAGAUGCAGACGCAGCCAAAUGGCAUCAGUCACAACAUCACCUUCGAGACGCCGCUCCCUCCCAUCGAGUGGCACACCAGCCGGCCUGGCCAGGUCGACACCUUUGACCUCAUGACCCUUCACCCCAUUGAGAUCGCACGCCAGCUCACGCUGCUGGAGUCUGACCUGUACAGGGCCGUGCGUCCGUCCGAGUUAGUGGGCAGUGUGUGGACUAAAGAGGAUAAAGAGAAGAACUCUCCCAACCUGCUGAGGAUGAUCCGACACACCACCAACCUCACACUCUGGUUCGAGAAGUGUGUGGUGGAGGCGGAGAACGUGGAGGAGCGGGUGGCGGUGAUGAUGAGGAUAAUCGAGAUCCUGCAGGUUUUCCAGGAGCUCAACAACUUUAACGGGGUUUUAGAGAUCGUUAGCGCCAUCAACUCUGUACCUGUGUACCGCCUGGAGCACACCUUUGAGGCGGUGCCGGAGAGGAAGAAGAAGGUUCUGGAGGAGGCGGUGGAGCUCAGUCAGGAUCAUUUUAAAAAGUACCUGGCCAAACUCAAAUCCAUCAACCCGCCCUGCGUGCCCUUCUUCGGUAUCUACCUGACUAACAUCCUGAAAACAGAGGAGGGGAAUCCGGACUUCCUGAAGCGUCACGGUAAAGAGCUGAUCAACUUCAGCAAGAGACGCAAAGUGGCCGAGAUCACUGGCGAGAUCCAGCAGUACCAGAACCAACCGUACUGUCUGCGGGUCGAACACGAUAUCCGGAGAUUCUUUGAGAACCUGAACCCCAUGGGCAGUAUGAGUGAGAAGGAGUUCACUGAUUAUCUGUUUAACAAAUCUCUGGAGAUCGAGCCGCGCAACGUCAAACAGCCUCCACGAUUCCCCAGGAAGACAUCGUACCCUCUGAAGUCCCCGGGGGUGCGUCCGGUGAGACAGGUGGGGGUCGGGGGUGGGAUUCGGGGUCACCCCGCGCCAUUAGAACGUGACCCUCUGCCCAAAAUCACCUUCAGGAGCAUCGCUGAGACCGAGACGGAGAGCAUGACCUCCCUGCCCACUUCCCCCAACACGCCAACCCAGACGCCCCCACCCUCCGCCUGCUCCGACCUCAACUCCGUCUUCAUGGAGCACGAUGCCUGCGGUAACAGUGUUUUUGCUCCUGUCCUGCUGCCUCCCUCCAAGUUUCAUUCAGUGUCCUGUGGCAGUCUGCAUCAGCUGGGUGAAGAGCUUCUGAAACCUCCCCCACUUCCUCCACGCAGGAAGGACGGUUCCUCAGAGAACAAGUUGAGUUCCAGAUCGGACAGUCCACCGGCGAUCCCUCCUCGGCUGAGAACUCCUCUUCCUCUCCCUUCUCUUCCUCGUUUCGGGCGUGGAAUGAGUGAGCAAACGGACGGUUCUUCAAGCCCCCCGCCCCCUCCGCCCCCCCGCGACCCCAUCCCAGAUGCGAUGCCCCCCGUACCUCAGCGUCCCCCUGAGAGCUUCAUCAACUGCCCAAUGAACCCUGCCGUGUCUCCGGUGGGACGCAUUCACUGGGACUACUGCAGCUCGCCCUCGUCCCCCUGCACCCCCCCGAGCACGCCCUCCCCUCGUCUCCCGCUGCCCACCCCGGGCACCCCCUCCCCCCGCGUUCCCCGCCGCAUCUGCCCCUCCCCUGGCCCCUCGGCGCCUAACCUGUGCCACCUGCCCCCUCCUAUUCCACCCAGACACAACUCCACGCCCCCCACCCUGCCCAAACCCCCAAAGACUUACAAGCGAGAGCUCUCUCACCCCACACACUCACUCUCACAUACACUCUCCCCCCCCUCCAUACACACUCUGUCAGACAGCAGCCAGUGAGCACCAGCCUUCACAUCACUCUUGGGUCCAGAAGCGGUGGAGCUAUUCUGCUAUCCUGGUAUUAACGAGAGAGCUUUUUAACCCCUUUGUGAUUGGGUGGACAGUAACUGAAGCUCCGCCCACUCUGGCCCAGGGACAGUUGCCUAA